AAUAGAUCAUCCAUGAUUGGUCCGCCCCAAGGAUAAACUUAAAGCCCAUGUUAACUGCAGGAAACUAAACCAAAAAAUUCCUGUGAGCAUGGAGCUUUUGAAUGGAGAUCCGGCUUUGGUCUAUGAGCUUGCGCUUCCUCCCCUGGCCUUAAUAUUCUGGAGCAUUCUUGGGGCUAAAGCACUGGACAAUGGCUUGGCGCGGACUCCUACUAUGGGCUGGCUGCACUGGGAAAGGUUCAUGUGCAAUCUCGACUGCCAAGAAGAGCCUGAUGCCUGCAUCAGUGAGCAACUGUUCAUGCAAAUGGCAGAUCUCAUGGUCUCUGAUGGCUGGAAGGACGCAGGUUAUGAAUACCUCUGCAUAGAUGACUGUUGGAUGGCUCCAGAAAGGGACUCAAAGGGCCGACUUCAGGCAGAUCCCCAGCGCUUUCCUAGUGGGAUCCAGCACCUAGCUAAUUAUGUCCACAGCAAAGGAUUGAAGCUAGGAAUUUAUGCAGAUGUUGGGAAUAAAACCUGUUCCGGUUUCCCUGGGAGUUUUGGAUACUAUGACAUUGAUGCCCAGACAUUUGCUGACUGGGGUGUGGAUCUACUAAAAUUUGAUGGUUGUUACUGUGACAGUGUGACAUCCUUGGCAGAUGGUUAUAAGUACAUGUCCUUGGCCUUGAAUAGGACUGGCAGAAGCAUUGUGUACUCCUGUGAGUGGCCUCUUUAUAUGAGACCCUUUCAUAAGCCCAACUAUACAGAUAUCCAGUAUUACUGCAAUCACUGGAGAAAUUUUGAUGAUGUUUACGAUUCCUGGGAAAGCAUAAAGCGUAUCUUGGCCUGGACAACAUUGAACCAGAAGGAGAUUGUUGAAGUCGCUGGACCAGGGAGUUGGAAUGACCCAGACAUGUUAGUGAUUGGCAACUUUGGCCUCAGUUGGGACCAGCAGGUAACUCAGAUGGCCCUUUGGGCCAUCAUGGCAGCUCCUCUACUCAUGUCCAAUGAUCUCCGACAAAUCAGCUCCCAAGCCAAAGCUCUACUUCAGAAUGAGGAUGUAAUUGCCAUCAACCAAGACCCCUUGGGCAAGCAGGGGUACUGUUUUAGAAAGGAAAAGGACAUCGAGGUUUGGGAACGACCACUCUCAAACUUAGCCUGGGCUGUAGCUGUGAGGAACCUGCAGGAAAUUGGUGGACCUCGUUCUUACAGCAUCCAGGUUGCUUCCCUAGGUCAAGGAGUAGCCUGCAAUCCUGGCUGCACCAUCACACAGCUCCUCCCUGUGAAAGUACAGCUAGGCUUCUAUGGAUGGACUUUAACCUUAAAAUCUCGAAUAAAUCCUUCAGGCACUGUCUUGCUUAGGCUAGAAAGAUAAGCUAGACUAUCUAAAGGCAGAGAUGUACAUUAAAUGGCCAGUUUUGCUAAGAA